AUGGCCGAUAAGUUUCAGACUGAGCAUAAUCUGCAGGCUGCUGUGGUGUGUCUGGAUAAAUCAGAGUCGGUCGCUCAUAAUAGUCUGAGUGUUUCUCAUAGCGUGCAUGAUGAGAAAGCAAAUCCCUUAGAAACUGAAAGCACUGCCUCUAAAAUGAGUCUCUAUGAAGAGGGAGAGGAGGGUGAUGUUGUUUACUAUCAAAACCAGAGGGCAGCAUCUCCAAAGCCCAGCUGUGUGUCUAUGAAGAGUGAACAAUCCAUGGGAGCACCCAUUUACUUCAGUGAUGAAGCAGUGACCUUUAACCCCAGAGAUGAUCAGACUGGAGACCUGGCUUUUCAGCAACCAGUAGAUGAUGAACUACAGCGAGUCAAAAAACAACACAGAAUCAGUAUGAAGAACAAGUAUGAGAGCAUAUUUGAGGGAAUCAAACUCGAAGAGAAUCAAACCUUUCUGAACAGGAUCUACACACAGCUCUACAUCAUAGAGGGAGAGAGUGAAGGAGUGAAUGAAGAACAUGAGGUUUUACAGAUGGAGAAAACAGCCAGAACACAACACUCACAAGACACUCCAAUAUACUGCAAUGACAUCUUUAAAGCCUCACCUGAACCAGGAUGUGAGGAGAAAGACCAGAUCAAGACUGUUCUUACUAAAGGCAUCGCUGGAAUCGGAAAAACCGUCUCAUCGAGGGAAAAGCCAAUCAGGAUGUAG